CCAAGGAAAAAUGUCCACAAGGAAUGAAAAGACUAAGUGCCCUGUAUGUGAGAAAUGCUUCACACGGAAAUCCAGCCUCAAUCUUCACUGGACAAUCCACACAGGGGAGAAGCCUUUUAAAUGCUCCGAGUGUGGGAUGAGCUUCAGACGAAAGGAUAAACUGAUUAGACACCAGGGAAUCCAUACGGGAGAGAAACCGUAUGCUUGCCUGGAAUGCAGAAAGAGCUUCAGAGACAGAAUAAAUCUUAUCUCCCAUCUAAGAAUCCACACAGGGGAGAAACCAUAUGAAUGCCUGGAAUGUGGGGAAAACUUCACAUGGAGAAAAACACUGAUUUACCAUCAAAGAAUCCACACAGGGGAGGAGCCACAUAAAUGCCUGGAGUGUGGAAAGAGCUGCAGUACAGGAUGGGACCUUGCAAGGCAUCAGAGAGUCCACACAGGAGAUAAACCAUUUAAAUGCCUGGUGUGUGGGAAGACCUUCACUCGUAAUACAAACCUUAUAGCGCAUAAAAAAAUGCACACAGGGGAACAACUCUAUAAAUGCUUCGAUUGCGGAAAGAGUUUUUGUCAAGGCCCUGCCCUUACCAGACAUCAGAGAAUCCACACAGGGGAGAAACCAUAUAAAUGUUCAGAGUGCGGAAAAAGCUUCAACCUGAGCACGACCCUUACCAGACAUCAGAGAAUCCACACGGGGGAGAAACCGUAUCAGUGCUCAGAGUGUGGAAUGAGCUUCACUUGGAGCUCAACCCUAAGUUCACAUCAAAGAAUCCACACAGGGGAAGAAAGCAUAUCAGUGUCCAGAGUGCGGAAAGAUUUUCAGCAAGAGGAACAGCCACCUAUGCCUGUGGCCAUGUCAGCAGGAAAUGCUGUGUACCCUCCCACCAUGCUCAAGCUGAGAGAGGAGGAAGUGUCCUUCACACCGGUCCACCUCCACCUCUCUCCUGACCCUGCUCCUUGGAACCUGGAGACUCAGGUUUGCAGCGCGAGAACUUUGCAGUGCAAAGGCGAAUGGGUGCGGGAAUGA